AUGACGGAGGCGGUGAAUCCAGACAAUAUUGUGCGGGGCACCCAAGAUGCGACAGGAUCAGCAGCGACGCCAGCUUUCUUCAGUCAUCUUAUCAAAAAGACCAGGAGCGUGAUAUACCCUACCAUGCGUCUGGUCAAGAAUAAAAUCGAACAUAAUGGCUCGGGCACGGUGACCUUAAUGCCAGAAGAGCCUGAAGACAUGUGGCACGCGUACAACCUGAUUCGACCAGGGGACCUCCUGCGCGCAAGUGCCAUUCGCCGUAUCACCACGACCCAGGACACAGGCUCCACCUCCUCUGCCCGAGUCCAUCUAAACCUGGUGAUCCGAGUCAAGAACCUCGAUUUCGACCCACAAAGUUCACAGCUCCAUGUCUCGGGACAAAUUGUCAAUGAGACAGCUCAUACCAAGGUCGGGCAAUUCCAUACCCUUGACUUGGAGCUCAACCGCAAUUUCACGCUGGAAAAGGAAAUCGGCGCACAGGGCGAGGGCGUUGGUUGGGACAGUAUUGCAGUGGAAAUGCUCAAAGAUGCGGUGGAUGAAGGCGGCAAGCGGAAAGCAGAGGCUGUCGCCGUUAUUAUGCAGGAAGGCCUGGCUCAUAUCUGCUUUAUCGGCCAGUUUCAGACCAUCUUGAAGCAAAAAGUGGAGAUGUCUGUUCCGCGGAAACGACAUGGUGGCGGAGAGCAUGAUAAAGGCAUUAAUAAGUUCUACAAAGUCACACUCGAUACCCUACUUCGACAGAUGGAGUUCAACACCAGCAUCACCUCCGGCUCCAAUAACGAAGCCGUGAAACCCGUUCUGCUGGCUUCGCCAGGGUUCGUCGCAGCGGGUUUCCAAAAGUACAUACAGGCCGAGGCUUCAUCAACGCCUGCAUUAAAGCGCUUACUCCCCAGCAUCGUCGUUGUACAUUCCGCAUCUGGAUACACACAUUCAUUAUCAGAGGUCCUCCAAUCGCCUUCCGUAAAAACGCUUCUGGCCGAUACAAAGUACGCCCGUGAAACCAAAUUGAUGGACGACUUCCUGGACCAAUUACGCAAAGAGACCAAUAAAGCUACCUAUGGCCCUCGGGAGGUCGAAGCAGCAGUGGACCAAGGAGCUGUCGGUCGUGGGGGCGGCGUGUUGAUCAUUUCCAACCAUCUCUUUCGAUCGCAAGAUGUGGCGACCCGAAAACGGUGGGUGUCGCUCGUCGAUCGGGUACGAGACGUUGAGGGAGGCGAGGUCCGAAUCCUGAGCUCCGAUCACGAGAGUGGAAAGAGACUCGAAGGCCUCGGUGGAAUUGCAGCAUUGUUAACAUUCCCGAUUGCCGACGAGGAUUUGGAAUCCGAUGAGGAGGCUGCCGAUGCCGAUUGA